UCGUAUAUUUAUAUAUGGGAAGUUGUCACUUAUAUAUAGGUUCUAUACUCUACAACAAAACUUAGUAAACAAGCUCAUUUCAUUUCAAUCUUAUCUUACUAGAAAAGAAACACACAACAAAAACUAAAGCUACAUUAAUUCUUCUUCUUCAAAUGGCAUCAAAACAACCAAGACACGUUGAAGAAAUCAGUGUAACAAAAGAACAACAUGAUCAAGAGAAGCCCGGUGUAAUUGGUUCAGUGAUGAAGGCUGUUCAUGACACCUACGAGAAUGCAAGAGAAGCUGUAGUUGGCAAAAGGGACCCAACAACAGAAGUCCAUGUUUUCGACAAUGACGAUCGACUUACACGUGGUGAAGUUAGAGACAUAUCAGCCAACCAAUCACGUGGUGUGUACGAUUCUGCAGCUCAGAAGGCGAAGGAAACGAAAGACGCAACAGCUCAGAAGGCGAAGGAAACAAAAGAUGCAACGAUGCAGAAAACUAAUGAGUAUGCAGGUUAUGCCGGAGAGAAAGCAAGGGAAGCCAAGGACAAAGCUGGGGAGUACAAAGACUAUGCUGCGGAAAAGGCAAAGGAAGGAAAAGAUGCUACCAUGAAUAAGAUGGGUGAGUAUAAGGAUUAUACGGCUGAGAAGGCGAAAGAAGGGAAAGAUGCCACCAUGAAUAAGAUGGGUGAGUAUAAGGAUUAUACAGCUGAGAAGGCGAAGGAAGGGAAGGAUAAUACAGCGUGGAAGAUUGGUGAGAUGAAGGACUCUGCUGUUGAUGCGGCGAAACGGGCUAUGGGUUACUUGGGUGACAAGAAAGAGGAAGCUAAACAGAAAACUGCAGAGACAGCAGAAGCUGCUAAACAGAAAACUGCAGAGACAGCAGAAGCUGCUAAACAGAAAACUGCAGAGACAGCAGAAGCUGCUAAACAAAAGACAGUAGAGGCAAAAGACAAGACCAAGGAAAUGUUGAGUGAAGCAGAUAAAGAAGCAGGGAGGAAAAUGGAAAGUGGAAAUUAUGGACGUAAAGGAUUUGGAGAGGAAACUUGGAGGCGUGGAAAUGAGGGGGUGAUCAGAACGGAGGAUACUCGAACAGGAGCGGUGGCGGAGAGGCUGAAAGCGGCGGAUCAGAUGACCGGUCAGACAUUCAAUGAUGUGGGACCUUUGGAUGAUGAAGGGGUUACUCGUGUUGGACUCCUUGAUAUUAAAAAGAAGUGAUUUGUAGUACAUCAAGUUAUAUUCAUGAUGUGAUGAAUCAUGAAACUUGUUUGUUUACCUUUUGGUUGCUUUGUUAAGUUUAUAUGGAAACAAUACUAUUUGGUUUACUUUUCUCUUCAUAUAUGUAUCUAGUGUUUUUUAUAUGGAUUGUAUGAAACAUCUACAAAAAUAAAAGAUGUCUUUGGAUUUAAGAUUGAAGUAUA